GGAUUAGCUAAUCCACAUCCCUUGUGCACGUUAGCAUUAUCAAGACUCUCCACUCAUCCUUUUGUGUCAUCAUUCACACAAUCCCCACCCACUAUUCGCACACAACUGGCUAAAAUUCAAUACCCCCAACCACCCCACCACCCCCUUACCUCUCAACAUCAUCAUUCAACAACCUCAACCUCUACCACUACCCCACUCUCACCAUCCCCCUCACCUAUGCUAUCUUGCGCCUCAUAACCCCAUUCCCCACCCAUCAUAACCACCCCACUUCCCCUUCUCCUUUAUAUCUCAACAUCAUCAUACAACCACGCCACCCCACCCCUACCACCUCAUCACCUUUGCUAUCUUGCGCCACACUACCCAUUCCAAACCCCAUCAUCACCUCCCCACUUCACCACCUUUGCUAUCGUGCCCAUUACCCAACCAUCAUUCAUUCAACAACCUCCACCUCAUCACCUUUGCUAUCUUGCGCCUCUCUAGCACUACCCACUCCCUACCCACCAUCAUCAUUCCUCAACCUCCACCUCAUCACUCUUGCUAUCUUGCGCCUCCCUAGCACUACCCAUUCCUCACCCCCAUCUCUCCUUACACUCCUUUUAUAUCUCAACCUCCCACAAUCAAAACACAACCACUCAACUUUCCCAAACACAAAUCAAACGAUGUCAUCCCACCCUGACCCUCCCAUCACCCCAGAUUCACCCACCCAAGAUUCAAACCCCCCACCCCCACCAUCAACAGCCCCCCCACCACAACAACAACAACCUCGUAGAUUCCCACCACCAUGUUGGACACAAGAAGAAACCCUCGCCUUAAUCACCGCAUACCGUGACCGUUGGUACGCACUCCGCCGCGGCUACCUCCGUACCGCAGACUGGGACGCAGUUGCCACCGCAGUAACAACCAAUUGCCCUGACGUAACUCCACCAAAAACAUCCGCUCAAUGUCGACACAAAAUGGAAAAACUACGUCAACGUUACCGUGCUGAAAAACAACGUUCCCUUAAUACCCCUAAUAAUGGUAGGUUUUUUUCAUCUUGGUUUUUUUAUGAUAAUAUGGAUGCUAUGGAAAAUGGUACAACUGUACAAGCUAUUAGAUCUGAAAAACAACAGCAGCAGCAACAGCAACAAGGGGUUGGGGUUGUUAAUGUUGCUAAUAUUGAUGAUGGGUACGCGUUAAAAUCGAUGAUAGAUCAGAAUUUACUGAAAUUGAAAAUCAAGAAUGGGGGGAAUGUGAAUUUGAACAAUACUAUGGAAGAUUUGCCACCACACCCGCAUCCGAAUUUCAUGUUUAAUGUAUCGAAAAACAACCCAAACCCCGAAAGGAGUAAUUUUGUUAAUAGGGUUCCGAACGGGUAUUAUAUGGGAGGAUCUAACUUAGAGGAGGAACGACGACAUGAUCUUGAGUUUCGCGUAAAAAAUGGGAUUUCGAUGAAAGGGAGGCGAACGGGGCGAUUUGGAGAUGUAAAUGGAUUUGAUCAUAAAGGUGGGAACUUUGGAAUGAAUAAUCCGAGUUUUGAUUGUGAUGAAGGGAGUGAAUAUAAUGGAAGUAGUAAUGCUAGUGACGGGUUUCAUAUUAGGAGUAAUAUGGGUGUUUCGAGUUCGAGAAGAAGUUAUAAUAGUGGGAAUGUUGAACAACAACAACCUAAUCUUGGUUACUCGAAAUUCGGGGGGAAGAAGGGGGGUGGUGUUGGGGCGAAGAGGGGGAGGGAUCCGAUGGAAGAGAUGGUUUUAUCGAUUAAGUUGUUAGGCGAAGGGUUUAUUAAGAUGGAGAAAAUGAAGAUGGAAAUGGCAAGGGAAGUGGAACAGAUGAGAAUGGAGAUGGAGAUGAAACGGAACGAGAUGAUACUCGAAUCGCAAAAGCAAAUCGUGGAUGCGUUCGUGAAGGUAUUGAGUGAGGUUAACAAAAACAAGAAUGUGAAGACUGCUUCACCUGAAUCAUAGUACUGAUCUUUCAUGCUAUGUUGUUUUAGAUGUUCUCUAUAGAAGCAAAAACAUAUCAAGACAAACGAUGUUGUUAUAGAAAGGUUAAAUGCAACCCUUAAGGCUUAGGUGAAUGUUGGAGAGUAUUUUGAACAACAAUGCCUCAAUCCGAAACAAGUUGGAGCACGCUUGAUUAUAAGGUUCUUGAUUUCUAUGGUCUGUGCUUUACAUUUGCUCUGCCUAUUUCUGACUUUGUGUGAUCAUAGUUUGAUCAAAGUUUUAGCCUUUUAGGUCUGUUUGUAUUUCCGGGCAAUCUGUGACAUAUAGUAAUGUGUACAGCUACUGGUUUUAGUAGUAGUAGUUGUUAUUUAUAUGGUAUUUUGUUGUAGUAAGGAUUAUAAGAUGUGAGGGAUUUAUCCUGAGAUCUGAUUCUUAAAGAAAUUUUAAGUACA